AUGUAUAUUUCCCGACCAUUACUUUACGUAUUGUCAUUUUUCGCGGCCGUUGUAUCGAUAGCAGUAGCUCGCUUCAUUACAAAGACUCGCAGCGCGAGAGUGCGAACAACCCGCCAGGGAGAUGAUGAGAAAUCUGGCACAUGCACACCACCAGAGAAGAGGACAGCUGGGGAAUGGACAUCCAGCAGCUUUCGGACUCCCAAACCCCCUCCUUACCCUGACUGGUCCAUAGAGACGACCAAGCCCCUUCCCUACCGGGCUUUCCGCUAUGGACCGAAGUACAAUGUCACAAUGGGUCUGCGGACAGUCCAGUUCGACGACUGGAUUCAACUUGACAAUCGCUACCCGCGGUAUCACGCCGAUAAGGCCCGUCGUAUUGCAGAGCGUGGUGCCAAGUGCUGCCUCACGAUGCCCGAGGCCUACCCUGCCGCUAUAGAGCUGCUUGAGGAGCUGGCUGAGUAUCUCCCCUCCCGAUACCCCACGCUCUAUAAGAGGACCGACGUCGGUCUCGAUAACCUCUGGUCCGGAGAGAAGUUCAACAUCGUCGAACGGCCCCUGAAGGAGGACCCCAUUCAGAUGUGCGCCAGACUCGUACAGGAUGACCUGGCUCUGAUGUUUGAGAAGCCGGACGGGCAGUAUUAUCUGCUCUCAGGUGCGAUACUGCUGCCCGGCUUUUGGCGCCUGGAGGAUAAGGUCGGGAUGCCGCUGUCAGAGAUCCACACCUCCGGUGACGUCCCACAGUUCAAGGAGAAGCUGGAGCGCGGCAUGAUGAGCUUCUUCAGGAGACUCAAGUGCGAGGACAUGUAUGCGCGCAACAAUUAUUUCAUCCAGGUCGACGACGAUCUGGCCUGGAGCUGGAGUAUCGGGUCCGAGGACAGCCCGGCCAUCAGCUGGGACACGGCGCAGAAGAACCGGGCUGUCGAGCAUCACAUGUUCAGGUCGGAAAGACAAACGCUAAGGAGGCUUCCGAGGACUGGGGCCGUGGUUUUCACCAUCAGGACGUAUUUCCACCCGGUGACUGAAAUAGCGCAGGAGGACUUUGUUCCAGGCAGGCUAGCGAGUGCUGUUCGCAGCUGGGGCACGGACGUGAGGAGGUACAAGGGAGCGGAGAAGUAUGAGGCUGUGUUGCUCGAAUAUCUGGAUAAAGAGCAUCAGAGUCAGCUUGAAAGUGGCCUGGAUAUUGAGGAGAAUAGUCGAUAUCCCUGGUAA